AUGGCGUCAACGCAGGACGCUUGGUAUAUUUCUUUGCUUGGUUUAGCGGAACAUUUCCGCACAUCAAAUCCUCCUGACAUAAAAAGUUGUAUACAGUGUCUUCAAGCCGUAUUUAAUUUCAAACCACCACAAAGGGUCGAGGCGAGAACUCACUUACAACUUGGAAAUAUUCUUUUGACACACACUAAAAACAUUGACUUGGCGAGAACGCAUUUAGAGCAGAGUUGGUUUUUGUCUCAGAGCAUCAAUGCAUUUGACGACGUGAAGUUUGAGGCAGCGAGUGUGCUUGCUGAGUUAUUUGAGCAGCAAGGCCAACCAACACACUCUAAACCCAUUCUAAGGAAAGCCAUUGAGUUGUCUCAGCAUAGUGUUUAUUGGCAUUGCAGACUAAUUUUUCAGCUUGCUCAAAUUCAUGCAACAGAGCGUGAAUAUGAAGUGGCUAGUAGCCUUUUGGGUGUUGGAGUGGAUUACGCACAGAUCUCAAAUGCUGCAUACACAAGAGUUCUAUUUUUACUGAGUAGAGUAAUGUUGUUGUUAAUAGACAAGAAGAUCCAAGAAGUGUUACCAUUGCUAAAUCAAGCGGGCCAUCUUGUGGAGUCAUGGUCGGGCAGUCCACAUCAAAAAGAGUACCUCAAAGUUUUUUUCCUAGUUUUACAGGUUUGUCACUAUUUGAUGGCCGGCCAGGUAAAGAGUGUGAAACCAUGCUUGAAGCAGCUACAGCAGAGCAUACAAACCAUCAUGGCUCCAACCUGGCCUGAUGACGAUGCGGUAUGCGGCAGUGCGGCGGGCGAGUCGUUCGUGUGGUUGUCGCGACAGCAGCUCUACGUGCUGGUGUACCUCGUUACCGUCAUGCACUCGGCACAGGCCGGCUAUAUGGACAAGGCGCACAAGUACACGGAUAAGGCAUUAGCGCAAAUCGACAAGCUUACGUCGAGUGGGUGUGAAGAGAGCAGCAACAAGGGCGGAGCGAGGAGCGGCGCGGUGCUGGCGUGGCGGCUGCGCAUGGCGCUGGUGGAGCACGCGGCGCUGUGCCGGCUGGUGGCGGGCGGCAAGGCGCACGCGCUGCACGAGAUCGCACGAGCCGCGCACCUGCUCACCGUCGCACCCACCGCGAGCAGUGCAGCGGCUCAUACUCCUCAACUGCACUGUCUGCUAGGCCUCUACGCAAUGUCCAUGAACUGUAUGGAGGCCGCUGAAUCGCAGUUCCUCACUGCUAUUGAAAUGUCACAAGAGAGAGAUUUAUGGAUGUUUGCAAAACUCAAUCUAGCGAUUGUGUAUCUACGAGGUCGGAGAGAUAAUGACUUAGCACAACUUAUGGAACAGGUGAGACCAGAAGCACUACCUGCAUACGCGCAUGGAUUACGAGCGGCGUCGUAUUACGUACUGGGACUACAGGCAUUUUUCCAGGCGCGGUAUAAUGAAGCCAAACGAUACCUUCGGGAAACCCUGAAGAUGGCCAAUGCGGAAGAUCUCAACAGACUGACUUCCUGUUCACUGGUGUUGCUCGGUCAUAUAUUUUUAUCAAUUAACAAUUCUCGGGAAAGUAUGAACAUGGUGACACCAGCGAUGCAACUCGCCAGCAAAAUACCAGAUGUUCAUGUCCAAUUGUGGGCCUCCGCGAUAUUGAAAGAUUUAUAUCGGCUGGCUGGCGACACUGAGCGCGAAAAUGAAGCUUACCAAAUGCACUGCAACUUUUCACAAGCUCUCCUAAAGGAUCAUUUCCAGGCGACCCAACUGCCCCAACACGCGCUAAUCCAGUGGACGAGUGGGCCUCCCCCCGUAUUCCCCCCACCUUCAAACGUCACUAACACCACAUAG